UGGCUGCCAUGUUUACGAUUCUGUGUGCGUGCGAAUGAGUUUGUAAAAGCCAAUGCCACGACGAUGAAGAAGAAAGAAGAGGAAAGGGAGACUCAACCCACAAGGAGGGACAGAUAGCAACACGCAAGACUCUCUCUUCCCAUCCCACAUUUUCUCUCACCUCUGCCUCGCCAUGUUUUCGUUGAACGGAAGCACUUUUCUGAAUAACAAAGGCUUACCAAGCCCUUUGUGUACUACUGAUCAAAGAAGCGGAAGAUUGCCAGCGACAGUGGUGGCUUUUGGCGUUUCUAAGAGGGAGACCGGUAGCCUUGUUAUGGAGACCCCCAAGUCCGACGUGAGCGGUGGCGUUCAUGAUGUCUACGGUGAGGAUACCGCCACUCUGGACCAGCCUGUCACCCCUUGGUCUGUCUCUGUUGCCAGUGGGUAUUCUUUGUUGAGAGAUCCUCAUCACAACAAAGGGCUUGCCUUCACCUACAAAGAGAGAGAUUCACAUUACUUGCGAGGUCUUCUUCCCCCUACAGUUGUUUCACAAGACCUCCAGUUGAAGAAAAUGCUACAGAAUAUUCGCCAGUACCAAAUUCCCCUGCAAAGAUACAUGGCCAUGAUGGAUCUUCAGGAGAGAAAUCAACGUCUAUUCUACAAGCUUCUCAUUGAAAAUGUUGAGGAAUUACUUCCAGUUGUCUACACUCCUACUGUUGGUGAAGCAUGCCAAAAAUAUGGAAGCAUCUUGAGGCGUCCUCAGGGUCUUUUUAUCAGUUUGAAUGAAAAAGGGAAGGUUCUUGAAGUGUUGAGGAACUGGCCCGAGAAGGAUAUUCAAGUCAUUGUUGUCACUGACGGAGAGCGGAUUCUGGGGCUAGGAGAUCUUGGCUGUCAGGGGAUGGGAAUACCAGUGGGCAAACUUUCUUUAUAUACAGCUCUUGGAGGAGUUCGUCCUUCUGCUUGCUUACCUAUAACCAUUGAUGUCGGGACUAACAAUGAGACAUUGUUGAAUGACGAGUUCUACAUUGGGCUCAGACAAAAGAGAGCUACUGGAGAGGAAUACGCCGAACUUCUACAUGAAUUCAUGAUGGCAGUCAAGCAGAACUAUGGGGAGAAAAUCCUAAUUCAGUUUGAAGACUUUGCAAACCACAAUGCUUUCGAUCUUCUUGAAAAAUAUGGCACAACUCAUCUUGUAUUCAAUGAUGAUAUUCAGGGGACAGCAUCUGUGGUCCUUUCAGGACUUAUUUCAGCAAUGAAAUUUUCUGGAGGAAGCUUAACUGACCACACGUUUUUGUUUCUUGGUGCGGGGGAGGCUGGCACCGGAAUUGCAGAGCUCAUUGCCCUUGAGAUAUCAAAACAGACAGAUAUGCCGGUUGAAGAGGCUCGCAAGAAAGUUUGGCUUGUCGAUUCAAAGGGGUUGAUUGUCAGUUCUCGCCUAGAAUCUCUCCAACAGUUCAAAAAGCCCUGGGCACAUGAACAUGAGCCUGUUGACAACCUUUUAGACUCGAUCAAUCAAAUCAAGCCAACAAUUCUGGUUGGAACUUCAGGACGAGGGCAAACAUUUACCAAAGAAGUGGUUGAGGCUAUGGCCUCCCUGAAUGAAAAACCCAUUAUUCUUGCUCUUUCCAAUCCAACUUCACAAUCUGAAUGUACCGCAGAAGAAGCUUACACGUGGAGUCAGGGCCGUGCAAUAUUUGCAAGUGGAAGCCCAUUUAGCCCUGUUGAAUAUGAGGGCAAGGUUUUCACACCUGGCCAGGCAAAUAAUGCAUACAUUUUCCCUGGAUUUGGUCUGGGUCUAAUAAUGUCUGGUGCCAUCCGUGUUCACGAUGACAUGCUUCUGGCAGCUGCGGAAGCUCUGUCAUCUCAAGUAACUCAGGAGCACUUUGACAAGGGACUCAUAUAUCCACCAUUUAAAAGCAUCCGAAGUAUUUCAGCACAUAUCGCUGCCGAUGUAGCUGCGAAAGCUUAUGAGCUUGGAUUGGCGACUCGACUCCCUCAACCAAAGGAUCUGGUGAAGUAUGCUGAAAGCUGCAUGUACAGCCCCUCCUAUCGAACUUACCGGUGAAGCAACAAAUAUAUCUAGUAAUAUUUGGGGGUUAACAUUACUGAUUAAUUACUAGUUGUCUGUUCUUUUAUUUAUUUUAAGUUAACUUGCUCCUCCUUCUCAUGUGAAGAAGUGUAAGUUAAGUGGUGGCUGGAUAGUGGUAGUUGGAUGAAUCAAAUCAAAUUAUAGCAUGAAAUUGUUGUUCCUGUGGACUUUGAUUCUUUACAUAUAGAGCACAGUGUUGCUGGUAA